AUGGCCAGGGUACCAUGGGCGGUGUCCAUGCUGUUACUGCUGGUGCUUUACUCUCCAGGGGCAUCCUCAGUCCCCGCCCAGCACUUGUGUGGCUCUCACCUGGUGGACGCCCUCUACUUUGUAUGCGGAGAACGGGGCUUCUUCUACACUCCAAACCGACCCCACAAGCGGGACCUGGAACAUCUGCUCGGGUUCCUGUCCAAAAGAGCCAGACAGGAGCAGCGGCUGUGGAAGGCUCUGUCUGGCCACGAGGAGCCCAAGGUGAAGAGAGGCAUCGUGGAACAGUGCUGCCACAAGCCAUGCAGCAUUUACCACCUGGAGGGCUACUGCGAAUGA